AUGGCGUCGAAAGUCCUGCGCACCUACGCUCGAGUGCUGUUUGAGCACCAGGCCUAUUAUCUCAACAGCGAGGCGAGUCUCGAUCGUGCCACACUCAUCGCCAAACACCCCGUCUUUGGUCCGGCUUUGCGAAUACUGUCACUGUUUGUAGAAGAGGUGGAGCGCGAUUACGAUCUCGAGGAUGAGACCGCACUCACCGAGAAGAUCGACGCAUCUCACAAGCGCAAGAUGCGCGGACUGGGGAUGCCACCGAGCACCAAUCACGAAAAGCGACUCAGAGCAUUGGAUCAACGCCGAGUGUCGUGGCUGGAGCAGGAGCGAUUUCGUGCCGAGGGCAAGCAAAACCGAGCUCUGCGGCAGCUCAUGGACCAGAUCAUUCUCAACGGCAAAGAGGUCGAGAUGGCUCUCACUGACAGAGAUGGCUGUGAUGUGAAGCCGACCCGUCCCAACGACUGUGUCAUGUCGGGGGCCAGUAGUCGGUCACCAGGCCAUCACUCGGCGGAGCCAAUCGAGGUCAUACAUCGAGCGCUGCGAGGAUCGGGCAUUCUUGGGCAUCUUGUGACAUCUCUAUCCUUAGAUGCGAGGGACUGGUGCCUGCCGGCUUGCAUCAGAUCACCAAACUUCGAUGGCUUAACGUACCUUGGACUCGAGCUCAACACAGUAAGGGACUAUCCUGUGGGUCAUGCAUUGGCCCCCGGCUUCCAAUUCGAUAGCGAGAAGGACGUCGUCCGUCCCCUGCUGAACGCGGUCGUAGCUGCGGCUACGCGUUCUCUGCGCCACCUUGCGGUGUACGAUGUCUCGUUUGCUAAAGCGGGAUCCAUGCCACCUUCAUCCAGCCGAGCGGACGUCAUCUGGCUUUUGCUGAAUGAGACAAUGCCUCUCUUGGAGAGCCUGGAGCUGGUUGGCGGCCACGUGAAGAUUCAAGAAUUGAUCGCUUUCGCACGACGCCAUUCCUCACUCCAACAGCUUGACUUGGCGUAUCUUCGUGUUGGUGGGUGGCAUAAGGACGAUCUGUUUAGCGAGGAAGAGCUCCAGAAUUUGGUUGGCAUCGAUGGUCAAUAUACCAACCUCACGCAUGAGGAAUGGUAG